AUGGGGACUUUUAUUACACAACAAACGAAUCACCAACACACCAAUAACCAUCAUUUCUUUUAUUGCGAAUCCCCUUGUCCGUCUACCACUUCGACGGCAGUAUCAGCUCCUCCAGCUUCUCUAAUUGUUGGGGAACCUUCCUCUUUGUAUGGAUAUCAUCACCAUCAAAGGGCUAAUAAUGAUUUUUGUUGUUGCUGUUGUUGUGCAGCAAAUGGGUGUCCUGGACAUCAGCAACAAUUGAUGAUACAACAACAAAGACAAUUUGCACUUCCUCUACGUAAAAGUCGUUCAGUUCAAUCUUCCUUUCUUUCCGGCACCCCACCACCACCACCACCCCAACCUCAAUAUUCUUCUCACAAAUCAACAGCCCCAUCAUUUUGUCAAUCUCCUAGUACCCAAAGUUUGAGAGAAUCUAAUUAUGGACGAUUUAUGAUUCCUCCGCCUUUGAAGAAAAGAGGCCCUGAAUUUUUUUUACGUGCAUUAUUUUCGCCAUCACCUCAAAGAAGAAGGCCUAAAGCGAAUGGGUCAAGUUGGGAAUGGAUGCCUUCUCCAGCUAAUAGUCCUUUAUGGGAGGAAGAACAACAACCAACAAUUCUAGGUAAGAACAAUAUCAUCAACACAGCUCAACAACAACAACAAAAUGCAUUAAAACCAACAACAAUAACAAAUGCUCAUUUAAAACAACAACAAAGACAACAACAACAACCAUCGGGAUCUUCAAUAUUUGCUCGUUUAAAGGGUAAUUUCCGAAGAACGAGUAGUUCAGGGAUUUCCUCGCCUUCUUCAAAAGAUGACUGGCAAGGACGUAACCAAGGUAGAGAGAAAGAGGAGUAUGAUCAAAUUAAAUUAGGAAAAAUGUUAAGUCAUUUUAUUGAAUUAAAACUCACCGAAAACCUCACUAUAAGGUGUCCACAGAACUGA